AUGAUUGACUACGAAGAGGUUCAGAAGCACAAUACUAAGGAAGAUUGCUGGGUUAUUAUCCAUAAUAAGGUGUACGAUGUUAGUGAUUUUGUUGACGAGCAUCCUGGGGGGUCUGCUGUAAUCUUGAAGUACGCUGGUAAGAAUGCUACGAAGGCGUUUGACCCAAUUCAUCCGCCAGACACUUUGACGAAGUAUUUGGCGCCUAAACACCACUUGGGAGAGGUGAGCAAGCCACCUCCGAAGAAGCAGACGAAGGCUGCGGGUGGAGCUAAAGCUCCACCCCCAACACCGGCCACAACUUCAGGUGACCUGCAGGUUGUGGAUGAGUUUGACGUUGAAUACGACGAACAGGAUGACAAGGCACCGAUUCCCGUACUGCAAGUGGUUCAACAAGAAGAUGAAGCGGAAGAAGAGGACGAAUACGAUGAUGAUGACGAUGAACCCCCUACAGAAGAAGAGUUAAACAGACGUCAAAUGGUCAAGAGAAAGCCAGAUCUUGGACAGAUCUAUAAUUUGAAUGACUUUGAGUUUGUUGCCAGACACACGAUGGAAAAAGUGGCCUGGGGAUACUAUUCGUCGGGAAGUGACGACGAAAUCACCCUUAGAGAUAAUCAUUUAUCAUACCAGCGUAUUCUCUUCAAGCCUAGAGUUAUGGUGGAUGUUACCAACAUCGAUCUUUCAACCACGAUGCUUGGUACAAAGACUUCGGUUCCAUUCUACAUCACGGCCACUGCGUUGGGUAAACUUGGUCACAAGGAUGGGGAAAAGGUCCUUACCAGAUCGGCUGCCAAACAGGAUGUCAUUCAGAUGAUCCCUACCUUAGCAUCGUGUUCAUUUGAUGAGAUUGUAGAUGAGGCCACUGACAAGCAAACUCAGUGGCUUCAAUUAUACGUUAAUUCUGACCGGGAGAUUUGUAAGGGCAUCGUCCAACAUGCCGAGAAACGAGGUAUUAAGGGCUUAUUUAUUACGGUAGAUGCACCACAAUUAGGUAGAAGGGAAAAGGAUAUGAGACUGAAAAAUGUGGAGGACUUGAGUCAUGUUCAAGGUGAAGGUGACGACGCCGACCGGUCCCAGGGGGCUGCAAGGGCAAUUUCGUCUUUCAUUGACACAGGCCUCAACUGGAAGGAUAUCAAGUGGUUCAGGUCAAUCACAAAGAUGCCAAUCAUCUUGAAGGGUGUACAAACAGUCGAGGACUCGUUAUUGGCCGUGGAACACGGUGUCGACGGUAUCGUCUUAUCGAACCACGGUGGCAGACAAUUGGAAUACUCCAAACCUCCUAUCGAAUUGUUAGCAGAGUUAAUGCCUAUCUUGAGAAAACGUAACCUUCACAACAAAUUGGAGGUAUACACCGACGGUGGGGUUCGUAGAGCCUCGGAUAUCUUAAAGGCCAUUUGUCUCGGUGCCAAGGGUGUGGGUAUUGGUAGACCUUUCCUCUAUGCCAUGUCUACAUACGGUGAUGACGGUGUCGUAAAGGCGAUCCAGAUCUUGAAGGACGAAAUGAUCAUGAAUAUGAGAUUAUUAGGAACCCCUACAAUUGACCGUUUGAACGAAAACUACGUUGAUACGAGAACUAUUUCGAGAUACGUGCCUGAAGAUAAGUUAUUUGGCAAGGUCUAUGAGCCUUUAGUCUCUCCUUUAUUCAAGGAUUCAAAGCUUUAG